GGACGAACCAACUACAGUGAUCACCGACACCAAUAGGAAGAUGGGAAAAAAUAAUAUCUUGCUAAAUCAGAAUAAAUGAAUGUAAGAGGUGGGAAAGAGUUACGGUACUACAAGCGACAUUGAGGGUGUUUCUUUCAAACAAACGACUACGAUACUAGUUUUCAUCCAUAUAAAUUGUCUUCAAAAUUGAAAUUUCAAUUUGUUACGACGCAGGAAAAGGCAACCGAAUGUAUUCUUCAUUAUGAUUUUUAAGCGUCUUUACUCGAUGGGCGAGCUUCUUCACUCUACUAAUGUGGCCGCUCCUGAUUUUUGUGACGUUACUAGAGUUCUAGGAACAAAUUCGAGUUUGCUUCAAAACAUAGACCACGCUUUCACUUCUAUUAGAGCAGACGGUCUAGUAGUAAGUGGAGAAGGAAGGAACCAUAACAACAAGUAAGUAAAGAUUCUACGUUGUUGAUUUUGAUUACCAUACAUAGAGGAAUUAGAGCAAAAUGGGCUUGGAAGCGGUGAUGAUCUGUAUCGACAAUUCUGAGUGGAGCCGGAAUGGGGAUUAUGCGCCUAGCAGAUUCGAUGGUCAAAAUGUUAAGACAUUUGAACUCACUAAAUGCUGCAUCUUCUUCACAUCAUGGUCUAUUUCGCACUAAGCAUUGUUUCUCAGAACUAUAAGAAGUAUUUCUUCGGAAUAGUUUGUUGAUUGAUGAUGAAAAUUGAAAAACAAAAACCAUGACUUCUUGCUUCUAAUAACAAAGCUGCAAAUCUUGUCGCUGGUCAGAGAACGGGAAGUAACCCAGAGACUGGUGUAGGGCUGCUCACAAUGGCAGGAGAGAGAGCAGAAAUACAUUUGACACCGACGACUGACUUGGGAGCGGUAUUAUCUACUUAAAAUGACGAAUGAUUGAUCCCAUGAUAAGCAUGAGAGUGCUGCAGCUGGCACAUUUACUCUUACGAGCUAUAGCCUUGUAGAAGUGCUAGUGUAGUUUCUGACAAUGCAUAAUAAAAGAAGAAAAUACGAAUACCUCCAAGAAUUCCAUCUUCCCAAUCUCUCUCGUCAGUUCAUUUCCGCGCUUUCGGGUAUGCAAAUAAAAGGAAAGUCAGACUUCGUGCGAGGAGUGCAAUCAGCGACACUAGCGUUAAAGCAUCGACAAAACAAGAAUCAGAAGCAAAGAGUGAUCUGCUUCGUCGGAAGUCCAGUUGAGGCUACGGUAAGAAUCAAUAAGUAUUUACAGUUAAGUACUUCUACAUCUACCUGUUUGUGAAUGAAAAAAUAUGUCGUGCUCGUUACUUUGUUGGCCGCAACUGGCACUUAGUGCUCGACGUAGAACAUCAGCUUGUUGUCCUUUUAGUAGAUGAAAAUGUUUCAAAUUACUUACUUCCAAAAAUAGGAAAAGCAGCUAGAAACUUUGGGCAAGACGUUGAAGAAGAACAACGUUUCGCUUGACGUUGUUUCCUUUGGGGAAAUCGCUGACAAUCAUGCCAAGCUUCAAAAGCUAGUCGAUAGCUGCAAUGAGGACUCGCAUCUAGUAGAGGUGGAGCUUCCGAAAGUUCUCUCCGAUGCGAUACUGUCAAGCGCAAUAUGCUUCGGUACAACAACUUCAUGCUAUAUCUUUCUUGACUCCCCUUUUCAGCAGCACUUUUCAAGACACUUUUCUUUUGUCGUGAUGUCCACACCCACUUCGUCAAAUCAAGUCCAACACCUGACUGAAUUAGAUCCUACUAGCGUUCCUUUCCCAUCAUCGACACUUUUCCCAUUAUCACAUUCACACCUAAGGAUUUCGACAUCAUGAUCGCUAAGACUGGACGACAUUUCUUUGUUCCUGCUACAUACUUCUAGGUGAAGGAGGCGCCCCAGGAGGCGCGGGUGCCGCAGCUGGAGGAGAUGGCUUUGAGUUUGGUGUGGAUCCGUCAGCGGACCCAGAAUUAGCACUAGCGUUACGUAUUUCUAUGGAGGAGAGUAGACGGCGGGAAGAAGGCGCGGGAGGAGAACCAUCAGGUGAUGCAGCCGCCGCGCCGGCAGGCGCAGCAACAGGCAGCUCAGGUGCUGCAGCCCCAGCAGCAGAAUCCGCAGGAGCAGCUGCGACUGGGGGUAUCUAAAUCUAUAAUUUUAUUUGUGUGUUGUGGUCGUGCAUUUGUCAUUUAUUAAGAUGUAAUGUUGAUGUUCUUUCGGACGGUUGCUCGAUUCUAGUCCUACUAACCUGAAAAACGCUGGCGAUGGAAGAUGCAAACCCCAUAACAGAAGUAUCCACCAAUCUUCACUCAAGCAGAAACUCCAACUGAACAAAAAGGACCACCAAGUCAUUCUCAUGUAACUAAAAAUAAUUCUUCCUAUCCCUUGCAGCUCCCGGUGCAGCCCCAGCAGGGGUAGAUAUACCCGGAUUCGAGGACAUGGACGAGGAGUUGAGACAGGCAAUAUUACUGUCAAUGCAAGGUAUAGUUGGAGCUACGAGGACCUUCUCAAUUGCUAUUGCGCCUAAAAAUGCUUUUUUUCUUCAUAAAGUCUUUCCACAUUUUUCCAUAUCGUUCCCUCUGUUCGACGAUGUGCUGAGUAACUACAAGAUGCAGCUUCCGAAUUUCCCACCACAUAAAAAAUGCAAAUUAGACCCCGUCAUUGGCAUUUCAUUUCCAAUAGAAUCCGCGCCCCCACCUGCCGCGGAAACACCAGCUGCAGCGAGUUCAACGAAGGCUGAAGGCGAACCCGCAGAAAAGAAGCAGAAGACCGAACCAAAGGCCGACGCUCCACCCGCUGCUGCAGCAGGUUUCCUUUUGGAUUGAUUGAGAACAGAAAUGAUGGUUGAGAACGGAUGAUCAAUCUCUACAGCAAAAUAAAGAAGAUCUCUUCCUUUCUACUGCACUUGACGAACAAUCAAUUACAUUGCUUAGAGAGGUUUUGCACUACGUUCCUCUCUCACUGAGAAACUAUUAAUCAAUACUAUUAAUCAGUUCGCUACCUACUACCCAUGAUGUGAUCUUUCUCUAUCUCUAUCUCAAUGCACCCAGCACGCACCGCACUAGUUAUAAUAAUUUGACGAUCUCUCACUAAACAGCUGCACCGGCAGAGGAGAAUCUGUUCCAGGAUCCAGAUUUCAUGGCCUCGCUCCUUAGUGAACUUCCCGGCGUUGAUGUAAACGAUGCGAGAAUACAGGCAGCAAUUAAAGGUGAUGACGCAGAUAAGAAGGACGGCGACAAAAAGGACGAUAAAAAGGACGAUAAGAAGAAAUAGUUCUAGAGAAUGAACUGACUUUUUUUUUUGACCACCUAUUAAUUUCACAUCUUACCUGUGUCCUCAUCCUCAUGCCCGUGAGAAGUCGUCCAUUCCUCCAAUCAUUUUGUUGUAACACGCGCCUCAAGUGCGUGUGUGUGUUGAAACCCAGCAUCGAAAAUACUUUCAGCGCAAUGGCAAAAAACUGUGUAUGAACAAGCUUGUACUUUUACCCUAUUUUUUGAAGUAGAAGCUGAAUCUUCAAUAAAUUUACGGAGCCGCGUGGCUUUGCUUCAUUGGGCACGAAGUAAUUUGUGGCAGAAGCUGAGAACGGACGGACUCGUUUCUGGAGUAAUAAUCUAUUUCAAUUUUGUCGCUACGUCGUUCCCACACCAGUUGCAAUCGCCUUAUAGGCGUUUGAAAACAGUCGAGACAGAUCAGGAUCCUGAUCGUGAUCGACAGGAAAUAUUGAG